AUGUCCGGCAUUAAAACAAAUUACACGCUCAAACCAUCUCGUUAUCCAGGAUUAUUCACUGCAAAGCAAAAUAUAAGUAUCUUAAUUAAGCCUCAUUUUAAUCAGCAACUUGAAUUAAAAUCAAGAAUAUUACCUAACUAUUGCAAAGGAUUCGGUCUUGCAUCCACAUACUUAGAUUUAAACACACUUCGCUCACAAUUAAAGGGAAAUCAGUGCGUUUGGCUUCCUUAUAUUGAAAAUGUUCAGCACUCCAAUGAGAAAUAUCUAUAUACAUACUCAAUUAGAAGCAUCAGCACGUUUUUACCUCAAAAUCAAUCAGUUUUAAUGAAACAGUUUCAGCUUUUAGAAGAAAAUAUGACAAGCUGGGCGAUGAUUCCUAAAGAUUCAGAGUAUUUCCAUAAGAAAUACUUGAAUUUUUCACAAAGUACAGUUAUUGAUGAUCUAAAUCUCAAAGAAAUCAAACAAUUAUACAUUGUUGCUCCUAAACAUAACACGUACGUUUACUUUUCAGAGCCACUGAACGCUCAAUACACUCACAAAGGAAAAAUUAGAUCUAAUUCAGUUGCAGGCCAGCUUUUCGCACUUGCUCCAGGUUCUGCUCUUUGUGUAAAUACUAUUUCCAAAGAGAAUAUCUCAAUUCGAGUCCUUGUUGACGCAAUUAAUGUAUCAAAUGUUUAUGUUCAUACAGGAAACUUCCAAUUGACAACUGAAUUUAUCCGAAAUAACAAGGACAACUUCAUUUUGUGGUCACCAAGUUCAACGAUCUCAGAAAUUUAUUCAUUUUCUAAUACAACAGGAAAAUUCCCUCCUUUGGCAUAUUUUGAUGGCAAACCAUACUUAUAUUCAACAUUUGGAGACAAAGCACUUGUUACUAAGUCAAACAAUACAUUUGUUUUUGUUAAUUUGCCACAAAACGUGACAAACUUCUUAUUCUUCUCAAUUUCGGAUGACACGAAACAUAUUUCAUACAAAAUAACAAGAGGAUUUACAGGCGGUGUUGUUGAACCUAUUUUAAGUGAAAUGCAAGGUAAAUCAAAAGUAAUUUACAGAAAAGUUGAAUCAUUUUACUUCGAACGGAGUAUUUUAGUUCUUCUCUUGAGCACUGACUACAACAUGAUCUAUAUAUCAUCAAACAAGAACAAUAGUUUAACAUUUAUUCCAUGGAAUUCUAAAAAUACAAAAGAAAUUGUUCAUAACAAAGAAUAUUUCAUUGGAAAUCAAAUUGGUGUCAUUAAAACACCAUCACAAACUGUUGGUCGUGUUUCUUUAAUGAGUGUAAGUCUCAAGAAAUCAUUGAAUUGUUCAUCUCUUUAUUACACUUUCUCGCCAACAGUUACUGUUCCAAUAGGAGUUCUUCCAAACACUUGUUUGUUACUUCACAGGAACGGAGAUCAUGUUACAAGUGCUGUUCUUCCUGAAUACUUGACUGUUUAUGAUUUCAACGGUGAUGUUACUAAAGAAAGCCAAAACAAUCUUUCUUCUGUUGUUGUUUUUAAAGGUCAUAAUGAAAAUUCUAGAAUUGAAGGAGAAAUCAUUGAUAAAGUUCAAAAUCCAUGUGUUUACUACAAUUCAUCAAUUGAUUCUCUCCGUCAAUCAAUUGAACUCUUUGGAAAACUUGCAAAAGGUAGAGAAAAUCAACCAGGAAAAGAAAAACUUAAAGAUAAAAUUAAAAAUAACAAACAAGAAGAAAAAAUCGAAGAAGAAAAUGAAGAAGGAAAAAUGGUCAAACCAAAUCAAGAAAAAACAUAA